AUGGUGAAGGGCGUGCGCUGCAGCAAGUGCUGCCCGGAGGGGGAGGGGCCCGCGCCCCCCGCCCCCUGCCCCGCCCCCGCCCCCGCCCCCGCGCACGCCUACACCAAGCACAUACGCACUGUCAGCUUCGGGAAGUUGCCGCCGUGCCUGUGCCUGCACGUGGGGCGCGUGGAGUGGGCGGGGGGGGCGCUGGCCAAGCGCGGGGAGCACGUGGCCUUCCCGGAGACCCUCUCCAUGGCGCCCUACGCGCAGCUGCCGCAACCGAAGAUGGACCUGGUGUCACUGGUUAAUGAGCGUCGGCUGCGCACCGGCAUAUCCGCGCUGAACGCGGGGGCGGGGGCGGAAGCGGGGGCGGGGGCGGGGGCGGAGCGCGCGCUGUACCGGCUGGUGGCGGUGGUGGUGCACGUGGGGGGCCCGCGCUCCGGGCACUUCGCCACCUACCGCAGGGGGAACGGGUUCGAGGCCAAGAGGUGGUGGUACACGUCGGACACGCUGGUGCACGAGGUGUCGCUGCAGGAGGUGCUGCGCUGCGCCGCCUACUUGCUGUUCUACGAGCGCGCCGGGCCCGGGGCCGCCGCCGCCAUGUCCACCACGGACACCACCCACCACUUCUAGACGUCUAUCCACAGUUCCCGUUCGAAUGAAAAUUGUCGCGAA